AAGCAGCUUUCUAGCUAGAAGCAAUUACUUGCAAUUUUUCCCCGGCCCAAUUGUUGUCCACAUCGUCAGAAUUCACAUAGAAGGAAACAACAAUAAGGCAACAGCAGCGCUGGCCAAAGCAUCAAGCACCCAUUUUACCAAAGAAUCAAAUUAUUCUCUUGGAAAUCUCCCCAUAUAUAUAUAUAUAUAUAUAUAAAUGCUUAUAUAUGAUUGAUUGCACUCCGUAUCUUACACUCGUACGUAAUAUAUAUCCAAAGGCCCAGCUUGAAAGAGAUUAAUGAUCAACAACGAAGUGAGGAAGAGUAGUAGUGUUGUUAAUAAUGGGCAUGCAAGCACCCAGCUCAUGAAACCUCACUUCGUUCUGGUUCCGCUGAUGGCCCAGGGACACAUGAUCCCCAUGGUUGAGCUGGCGCAGCUGAUAGCGGGUCGCGGAGGCGGCGUGCUGGUUACUCUCAUAACCACACCCUUGAACGCGACGAGAUUGAAGACCACAAUGGAUCGGUUUAAUAGGUCAGGACUGGCAAUCCGGUUGGUGUCAUUGCCAUUCCCAUGCAAAGAAGCCGGCCUCCCUGAGGGUUGUGAGAACAUCGACGUCAUAGCCUCAGCGGCCCUCGCGGUCAACUUCUUUAAGGCCACCAGCCUCAUGAGACAACCACUGGAAACGUACCUACGAGAGCACAAACACUACCCAAGCUGCAUAAUAUCCGACUCAUGCCAUCCUUGGACGUGGGACGUAGCACGCAGCCUCCAGAUCCCACGGUUCACUUUCUUCAGCAUUUGCUGCUUCACUCUCUUGUGCACACACAACAUCGCUUCUCACAAUGUGUUUGACACCAUAACAAGCGAGAGGGAGCCUUUCUUGGUGCCAGGCCUGCAGGAUAGGAUUGAAGUGACCCAGGAGCAGGCGCCUGGUUUCUUCUACGGGGAUCUGUGGGUGAAACUCCGGGAGGAGAUCAGAGCUGCUGAUAAAGCAGCGGAAGGAGUGGUGGUGAACACCUUCCGUGAGUUGGAGCCAUGGUACGUGGAGAACUACCAGAAAGCCAUGGGAAAUAAGGUAUGGACUCUGGGUCCUUUCUCGCUUUGCAACAAGGACGUCAAUCAUAUGACAGCAAGAGGGAAUGAUGCUGCCAUCGAUGAGAACAAGUGCAUGAGAUGGCUUGACUCCAUGAAGCCCAGAACGGUCGUGUAUGUCAGCUUUGGUAGCCUGACGUUCACGUCGCCUUCGCAGCUCAUGGAGGUGGGGUUGGGGUUGGAGGCCUCGCAACAGGCGUUCAUCUGGGUGAUCAAAGAGGUGGAGCUGUGCCGGGAGAUGACCGAGUGGUUGGGAGAGGCCGGGGGUUUUGAGGAGAGGGUGAAGACCAAAGGUCUAAUCAUCAGGGGAUGGGCGCCCCAGAUGAUGAUACUGUCUCACCCGGCCAUUGGAGGAUUUGUGACGCAUUGUGGUUGGAAUUCAUUGAUGGAGGCCAUCUCCAUGGGCUUGCCUGUGAUAACAUGGCCGCAUUUUGCUGAUCAGUUCCUUAAUGAGAGGUUCAUUGUGGAAGUGCUGAGAACUGGAGUGCCAGUAGGAGUUGAUGUUCCAGUCACCUGGGGUCUGGAAACCUCUCAUGUUUAUGUGACGAGAGAUGGCGUAGAGAAGGCCAUGAGGAGUUUGAUGGAUGGUGGCGAAGAAGGAGCACAGAGGAGGGAGCGAGCGAGGCAAGUUUCAGUGACGGCCAAGAAGGCAAUGGAACAAGGGGGAUCAUCGUACGAGAACAUAACCAUGUUCAUGCAACAAUUCUCACACCAUCCUCCUGCUGCUCCUCCUCCUGCUGCAGUAUGAUCGAUCUCUUCUUUAAUUGCAUGCCCUAUAUAUAUAUAAUAUAUGGUGUCAAUUACAAAUAAUUCAUUCAUAACCUGGAGUGGAGCUGUUUGUCAUCAUCAGUACCAUUUUGGAAAUGUGAUCAGCGAUGCACUCAAGGAUGCAUGAUAGUCCAACUUGUAAUUACAAGUUCGGAAUUGAAUAUCCCAUCCAAACUCCCAAA